CACCAGAGUUUGGAAUUUGUGAGCUUGCAAGUCGGCAAAAUCAUUCUGAAGGAAAUGGCGGAAGUGAGAAAACCGGCGAUUCAAUGGUCCCGAACGUGCAAUGCAGUCUCAGGAAACGAAAGUGGCAAACUUGGAUUGCAUUUUCGGGAAAGGACAAUGAACAGUUUACGAAAGAAAGACAAAGCGAGACGAAGGAUCGAAGUCAAAGUAGCUGGUUUAGAGGAGGAGAAUGGGCCACAACACAAGUUUCUACCUAUACGGCACUGCCUGACGAGCCGCCAUUUAUCUACGUGACAAAUUGCUAGUCGCAAUUAGUUACAAGUUCCAGACCGGAUGGCCCCGCAGCCAACGGUUCCAUCCGUUUGUGAAGCUCCAACUUGAAAUUCCACCUAUUCGCUGCAGAGAAACUGGUGUGUACCAAAAAACACGUCGAAAAAGCGCUCUUGGCAAAUGAAGAAAAAAACAAUAUAUAUAUAUAUCGUCCAGACAACGAGACCAACCAACGUUCCUGAAUUAAGCUUGGUUGCCCGCUAAUUUAUUUUAGCACAUUUCAAAACAAAUAUACUGGACUCCAAGAUAAAAACAAACAAAGAUAUAUAUAUAUAUAUAUAUAUAUAUAUAUAUAUUGUGUGACUUGAGAUAUGAGCGUGUGAAAGCUCCGUACAAACUGUUGGUGAUACUCUAAUGUUGCUGAUACAUAUACAAGUACUAUAGUGCAAUUUACGACUUGGCCAUUUGGACCCUCGCCUCGGUCGAGUCCCGCGAGAAGACUCGAGAGACAUUAAUUUCCAGGACUGUCCAACCCUUUAUGAACGAAGGUUCCCUGGACUCGUAUUUCAAAUGAGAUAUCACCCAAGUUUCACACUGAGAUUUCAUCCAGAUCUCUUCACGCGUUUCUGAGUCCUAAAGUUGUCUUUCACUUUUGGAUGUGCAACGGCAAAUGCUUCUACGAUGGAACUUUUGGCCUUCGUUUGCAAGGAAUUCUUUGUAACUUUUCAAAAAGCACUCUUCCAUACUUUUGACAAUCAUCUUCCACCGAUGAGAUAGGAGAGACUGGCGAUGACAAACAUAAAGGAGUUGAAGGAGGGAAGCUACAAGGAGAAUUUAAUGAAAAAAAAUAUACUUUUGGACGUGAUAAAGUUGAGAAAACAUCAAGUAUAUAUAUAUAUAUAUAUAUAUAUAUAUAUAUAUAUAUUGCUUAAUCUAUCGUAUGAAGAAGAAAAUUAUCGGAUCAACGAAGUGGAUCAACGGGUGAAAAAUAUCGAAGGUGCCUGGUGUGUCAAAGAGUCUCUCUCUUUCUUCCCUUAUCAUGGUGUAAGGUGGUUGCUGCAAAUGAGGCUGGCGAAAGAGAAAGAGGAAAAUUGACAGUCUUCUUUUUUGGAGGGGGCUGAGAUACGAUGGCCACGUUCGUAGCGACGGGACGUCGGAGAUGGGGUUGGGGGUGGGUGUUCUUCGCCGUCACCUUGCUCGUUCUGGCCACCCCCAGUCCCGCCGCCAAUCGGAAAGCUGAGCGAGAUCAUUGUAACAAAACAGUGGACAUUUAUGAAGACGUGUCGAGUCCUGCAGUGACAUUAAAGACUUGGGGAAAACCACUUACUUGCUGGUAUCGUUUUCGAGCUUUUCGUGGCACUCCCCGGGAUUGGAUUUUGCGAGUUCGUUUCAAAAAGUUCAAAGUUGGCGUACUUGAGAAUGCAACAACCUGUUCUGGAGGUUACCUACAGAUAACUGAUGGCAAUGCAAAAACGGAGGUGAGCAAUAGAAAGGAAACGGGAGUAUUUUGCGGUGAAUCAGAACAACCACAAACAUUUAUAUCGGAGACAAGUUUCGUUAAAGUUCUCUUCCACACGGACAAUUUCACCGAUCAAACUUAUUUUAGUUUCGAUUCACGUGCAGAACAACAAUUUGAGGUUUAUUUACGUUAUGGACAACAUCCUGAACUUUAUCCAAAUCGUCGCGGUGAAGUUGUUGCCGGUAGUUAUUGUGAGAGAAUAUUUAAAGAUUGCCGCCUACAAACAUGUUAUGUACAAAGUCCAGCAUAUCCUGGUAUUUAUCCACGUGCACUACACUGUAAAUAUAAAUUAAAUACAAGAGUGCCAUUCAUUAAACUUUAUAUUGAAAAUGAAGAAUUUAAUAUUGAUGGUCAACGUUGUGAGAAUAUAAUGACAUGUCCAAUGAGGCCAAUAUCAUCAGGAUCGGAACAUUGUCCCUAUGAUUAUAUACGUGUUUACGAUGGACAAGAUGAGAAUUCACAAGUUAUUGGUACAUUUUGUGGUAUGGGUAAAUUUCCCUAUAGUAUAAUUGGUACAAGUAUGGAUCUUUAUGUGGAAUUUGUCUCCUCGCCAGCUGGACCAUUAUUAAAUACUGGAUUUCAUUUUAACGUUGGCAAUUGGCCAGGUCAGGUGGAAAGUACCGGUGUUAAGAAUGGAAGUUGUGAUUGGUUGUUGAACAGUGAAUCAUUGAAGAAGGGGGAAGAGGGGAUAUUUUUAUCGGUUGCACAUUGGUAUCCACCGCACACUAGUUGCACAUAUCUCUUAAAAGGAAGACCUGGUGAAAUUGUACGACUUUAUUUUCCAAGUUUUCGAGUUAAUCGUAUUGAAUCGCCAAUACAACCAUAUGAUGGUGAUUGUGGUGAGAGUUUAACAUUAUAUGAUGCUGAUUGGCCUGACGAUGCAAGAAUUAUUAAAACAUUUUGUGAUACAUUUAGUAAACCAAUGGAGAAACAUGAUUUUGUCUCAAGUAGCAAUGCAUUGUUUGUACGUUUUGAAAGUAAAACGGGAAGUUAUUCGGGUAGUUCGCUUUAUUAUUGGGCGCAUUAUGAUUUUUUUAAUGACACGAAAUUUGGUGAACCUGUGGCAAAUACAGAAUGUGAUGAGACAUUUGCAGCGUGGAAAUUUCAAAGUGGACGUUUACGUUCGCCAUUGAAUACAAUGGUUUUUAAACGUGCCAGUGAUCCGGCAUUGGAUGUGACUUGUACGUAUAGUUUUAUCACUGAUAAAAGAUUAUUUGCAAGAGUUAUAUUGACGGUGGAGUCGGUGUCAUUUAAGGAUCAUCCUUAUGCGCAAUGUGGUCAUUGUUGGGAUAGUAGGGCUGAUAAAGUGAUUAUUAGAGAGCCAUCAUCGGACACGGUGAAGGGACAUUGUUUAUGUCGAUUGAGCAGUGGUAAUCCACCGUUGAGAAUUGUUUCAAGGGGCGAAAGAUUGGAUUUGAAAUUAAUUAUCGAUGGCGCUCAUACGGCGAGUUAUUUUAAACAAACGGCACCACUUUUUGAGGCGAGAUAUGAAUUUGCCCAUAGUCCACUGUGUGGUCCGGCGAUAUUACCCGCCACAACUGAUGGCGAAAUUGAAUUUCCUCAUUAUGAGGCUUUGGGCUAUGUGACACCGCCAAGAUCAAUAAAAUGCAUUUGGGAAUUGAAAGUGAGUCCGGAGAGGGAUCUUUUUUUGCAUUUUGAUAAGACCAAAUUUGGUUCACGAUCGUGUGAGGAUGGAAAAAUUGAGAUUAUUUUGCCGGGAUCGACGGAUUCAUUUUUCAGUAUAUGCGGUGAGAAUGUGAGUCAGGCGAAGGAGGUGCCAAUAUUGUCGGCGGCACAACUUUUAUCAUUGGACUCGGGACGAGAAUCGGGAAUAGUGAUUCAAUUCACUGGAUCGAUGGCAUUGACGCGCGCUGAGUUUAAGAUCACUUGGACGGAAUUGUAUCAUUUGUCACGUGAUGGAACUGGAGCAUUGAAUACACAAAGACUUGAGGAAUGUGGAUUUCAAUGUCCGGGAGAUGCGGGUUGUAUACCAAAUCGUCUUCUAUGCAAUGGAGUUAUUAAUUGUCCAUUGCCAAAAUUACCAACGGGUGUAUUCAAUAUGAGUAUGCUUGAGCCGGAUGAUGAAUCAAUUGAGACAUGCGGUGGACCGAUUGGUGGCAAUGGUAGUAGUGUUGGGCCUGCUGGAUGGGCUGGCGCUGGAUUGGGUGCUGGUUUGGCUGUUUUGUUUGGCCUCGUGUGUCUGAUUACUGUUUGUCGAGUUUGUCGACGAAGAAGUCGAUCAAGGGACAUUCACGUGCCCUAUUAAUAAUGUGCCAUUCACAAUAAUAAUAAUAUUCAGGUUGUCUACUAUUUUUCCUGGAUCAAAUUUACUGGAAUUUACAUUUUUUCUCAUUCUUAUUUAUUACCAUUUAAAUAUGUUAAAGAAUUAUUUAGUUUCAUAAAUUUUCAUUAAAUAGAAUUUUUAUUUCAACAAAUUUUCAUUUAGCAGGAAUCAAAUCAAAUUUCUGUUAAUAAUAAAUUCAAUUGCAUAAAUUUAUUUAUUAUAAAAACAGUAAAUUUUCAGGUAAAGAGAUAUCCAAUUCAAUUAAAAUUAUAAUUAUAUUUUAUGAAAAUCAACAUUAUAAAUUUCUUUAUUCUAAUAAUUUGGAUUAGAAAGAUUUUCUAUAAUUUAAUUUAGAUAAAUUUGACGAUGAAUGAAUGAAUCGAUCAUUUUAAUGAUCAUUUUGAUUAAGGAUUUGAGAAAUAAAGCGCCGGAUAAUAUUGGCCAGAGAUAAUCUUGUUAAUUUUAGAUUUUAAUAACAUCAGGAUUGACCGCGUGAGAUAAUUAUUAUUAUAAAUGGACAUAUUUUGUUAUCCUGGUGUUGAUUGAGCGAACUGUUCUAAGUUCUCAGGGGGAGUAUAUAGUCAAUGGUGAGAAUCUAGUUUAAGUAGAGAAAUAAUAUAAAAGAUGAUUAAAAAAAAAAGUCAAAACUAUAGGUUACAAUAUAUAUUAUAUGUAUAAUUAAGUUGUAUUGUAACUUAUAUAUGGCUGAAUGAGUUUAAAAAGAAAAAAGUAUCCAAUCUAUAGAGAUACUGAUGAGAUUGGUUUCGGAAAUAUUGUAACUGAAUAGGAAUCCGAUAACAUUAGUCGACUUUCUAUUCACUCUCUUAUUAUGACUGCUUUGAACGUCUGGUCUCCAAGUCCGGAUCUCACUUGUUAGUUACAAUCUAAUUAGUAUUAGCAGAGAAACUUGGAAGAUAUCUCUGCUUUCAAAGGAGGAGAGAGAGAGAGAAAGAGAGAGAGAUUCUCUUAACGAGAUUUCUCUUAUUUACAAAUGAUAAAACAUGAAACAUAUUUGUAAUAAUUAUCAAAAUCGAGACUUAUUUUGAAUAUUAAAAAAAAACACUGCCGCAAUUCAGUCUGACGAUUUGUUCGAUUUUCCACCUCAUUUUUUUUUUGGAAAUUAUUUUCUCUCGCGGAUUUUGAAAUUAAGGUUAACCUGCGAUAGUCACUGAUUAAAAAAAAAAUUGAUAAAAAUAUUUGGAAUAAUUUUGAGACUAUCGUACGUAAACUAUCUUAAGACAACUUUGCAAAUUUGUCAAAAUUGCCGAAAAGUUCCAGAAUAUAUUAUGCAAAAUAAUAUAUAUAUAUAUAUAUAUAUAAAAUAUCACUGCCCCUCUUGUCUUCGUAAUACUAAAGACUCAGUAAAGUACUGUACAGAUACUCGUUCGAGACACUUCCAGUCUCUCUUGUGAACAAAGAGCGAAGAAGCUUUUGUUUGUAAGAGAGUAGAUUCUAGGGAGACUGGAUCUCUCUUCUCUCAAGUAAUCCAUAUAGAUUAUGAUUUGAGGAGGAACUUCCGUUGUUUGACAGCUUCGAGCCCUAGAGGUGUUUUAAUAAUAUUAUAUAAUAUUUCCACGAUAAACAAAAACAAUUUUUAUUUCUAUUAAAUCAUUUUAACAAUUCUUUAAUAAUUUUUUUUUUUAAAUUAUUUUCUUUUUUAUAAUUAUUCGUGAAAUUUUAUGAUAAUUUGAAAAACAAAUUUGUAUUUGUAACAAAAAUAUAAAGGAAGUUUCUCCUCUCAAAAUAAGUAAUUUUAUCUUUAAAACAUAACGGACUCUUAAAAACAUCAACUUGAAAACUUUUGCCUGAGCUGACUGACCAUGUUUUACGAUCAGGUUUUGUCAUAAAUAUUGGAACUCUAGUUCUCUCAGUGCUAGCCUCGUAAAAUCCGAAAAAAAGUUAUUUUAAAUUUCUAAUCAGUUUCAUAAAAUAAAAAUUGUCUAAAUCCACUUUUUCUUCGUGUAAAAAAUAUUUCAGUUUUGAAAUUUAAAAAAAAAAGAAAGAAAAAAAAUAUUCUUAUAUUUAAAUUAAUCUUGAUUAUAACAUUCAAUAGUUUUUCUCUAGUUUUAGUAAAUUGAAGAUUUCAAUUUUAAAAAAUCGGAUUGAUAGUAAAUAACAAAUUUAUUAAAUUUUAUUAAGAAAAGAAAAACAAAAAUUCUUAACGAUAAUGUAGCGAAAUAUUAAAUAUUUCCACUUGAAAGAAAUUUUUGGAGAAAAUCGAGCGAUUUCAUUUGUCGACGAAUAAAGGAGAAAAAGAUUCAAAGUCUGACUUUUGCAGUUCCAACAAAAGGAGCCGCGCGCGGUGACAUUAAAGGGGGAAAAGAAGAAGAAGAAAAAAAAAAGGAAAAGAGAUCCUCGAUGAAUCACAGAACACAAAAAGUUAUCUGAAAGCUGAGAUUAUUUCUCUAAAACUUGAAACGAUCAAAAGAUCGAAUACGCUUAGAGAAUGUGGUCUUUUUGAAAGCAAUAAGACACUCUCAUAUCUCUGUUUCCUUUUCCAGGGUGGUUAUUUAAUUCAUUGAAAGUAUAAAGUUGCACUUGAGAAACUUUCAACUUAUCAAUAUCAUGAUUUUUUACUCGAGUUUAUCAAUUUAAAAAAAAACUUUCUGUUGAACUUCUCUCUCUCUCUUUCUCUCUUUCUUUCUCGAGAGAAGUUACGAAAGAGGAUUAAAUUAACCCUCGAGAAAUUUUAAUCUAAUACUUUGAAUUUAAAAAAAAAAAAAAAAAAAGUUUUCCAUUUUUUACUAUCCCGAGUUUAUAAAUUACCGAGAGAAUUUUGUUUCAUCUCUUCAUUUUGUAAACUGCGGAAUCGUUAAAACUUUACUGGACAAGUCUUUGAUGGGGGAAAAUAGAAUCACAGAAUAUCAAAUAUCUGGUCCGGUGAAAUGAAUGAUUUGAUUUAAAUUUUACAGGCGCAUUGUAACGUGAAUGGUUUACAAGAAAUCUAAUUAAGAAAUCGUUUAAAAACUCAAGAAACUUUAGUUUUAUUUUUUGUUACUUAUUCUCUCGG